GUUGCACCGAUAAUCGGAUCGGCUAUCGGUUAUCGGCCGAUAUAGGCAUAUCGGUACUGUAUCGGAAUCGGUAAAUUGCGCGUAGGUGCUCGCCGAUAGAUUGCGCAUGCGUAUGCAGAACGUAGGACCACGUGAGUAGGCGCGGAGAUGAGCCGGAAGUCUCCCAUUUGGGAGCACUUUGAGGUAGCUGAGGACACAAGAUUCGGCUAUCGGUUAUCGGCAGAUAUAGGCAUAUCGGUACCGUAUGGGAAUCGGUAAAUUGCGCGUAGGUGCUCGCCGAUAGAUUGCGCAUGCGUAUGCAGAACGGUACUGUAGAACCACGUGAGUAGCCUGCAUGUCGGCGGAGACGAGACGGAAGUCUCCCAUUUGGGAGUACUUUGAGGUAACUGAGGACGCAAGAUUCGCUCGCUGCAAGGCUUGCAAGAUGAAGAUAUCACGCGGUGGACAGACGACAAAAACCUUCAACACCACAAAUCUCCAGCAUCACUUGAGAACUCGACACCAAGAUAGGAGUGCGGCAUACGAAAGGGCCAUAGAGGAGGAGAAGGUGAAGGCUAAAGACCGAAAGCAAACCAAGGCAUCUGCGUGCUUUCUCCAGCAGUCGUUGCUGGACGUACGGAAAUGGGACAUCAAUAAUUCACGCGCACAACGAGUGCAUCAAUUAAUCGCUGAAAUGAUUGCCCUUGACUCACAGCCCCUGUCAAUAGUGAAUGAUGUCGGGUUUACUCGUCUGCUACGUGAGCUUGAGCCGAGGUAUUCUCUUCCUAGUAGAAGAUACAUAACUGAGACAGUUCUGCCUAAGGUCUAUGAAGAAGUGAGGAGUGGAGUCAGGAAACAGGUGGAUGGAGUGUCUUUCUUCAGUUUUACCACAGAUGGAUGGACUUCUGAUGAUGGUAUUGCAAACUUCCUUAGUCUUACUGCUCACUGGUUAACUGAUGAUUUUGAAAGAAAAUCUGCUAUCCUUCAUGUCCUUCCACUGGAAGAGGCUCACACUGGUGAAUACCUGUGUCAUACUUUCCUGCAAAUGUUGGACGGUUGGAACAUAAAGAAGAACCAAGUCCACUUGGUGCUGCGAGACAAUGCUGCUAACAUGGUCAAGGGAAUGAGAGAAGCAUGUGUUCCAUCUUAUGGCUGCUUUGCCCAUACACUACAGUUAGUCAUUGGGGAUGGACUGUUGUUUCAAAAAGGAGUUAAAGAUCUGCUUGCCGUCUGCCACAGAAUUGUUAGUCACUUUAAACAUUCAUCACUUGCCCAUUCACGUCUGCAAAAGAUUCAAGUUAGUCUCGGAUUACCUCAGCACCGCCUACCACAAGAUGUAUCAACCAGAUGGAAUUCCUCCCUCUACAUGCUCCAAGCAAUCAUAGAACAAAAGAUGGCCAUAGCUGCUUAUUCCUCAGAGUAUAGGAUUCCCCAACUGACAGCAACACAGCUGGAAAUAGCUGCAAAAGUUAUUGAGGUACUUGAACCUUUCGAGGAAAUCACAAAAGCAGUCUCAUCUAAUGCAUCGACCAUAUCAUUAGUCAUUCCGUUUGUUCGAAUGCUUCAUAGGACGCUGAAAGAGCAACAUAAUGACAAAGGAAUUCAGUCAAUGAAGGAUGAGAUUCUAAAGUCAUUGCAAAAGAGAUUUUCGGACAUAACUGAUAACUACUCUUUAGUCUUAGCAACACUGUUGGACCCUAGAUUCAAGGACAAGUUUUUCAGUGACACAUCAGAAAGAAGUUUUGCUAGAGGUCUUCUUCAGGAGAAAUGUCAUGAACUACUGCUAGAAACAAAAUCAGAUCCUGACUCAUGUGCAGAGGACACUUGCCCACCCUCUCCUAAGAGACCUCAAAGUUUACUUUGGAGAAGUUUCUCAGAUAUUUUAAAAGAAACGGGCUCCUGUUCAGCAAGUUCUAAGACUCCAUCGAACAUUGACCAUUAUCUGUCAGAACCAGUAAUAGAUUUUCACCAGGCCAGCUGUGACAGCUGGUGGAUGGAAAACAACAGAAGAUUUCCACUUCUGUCAGAGCUUGCACAACGCUACUUAAGUGCCCCUGCAACAUCUGUUCCCUCAGAAAGGGUUUUCUCUGAUGCUGGCAACAUCUGUAAUGAUAAACGUAACAGGCUAGCACCCGAGCGAACAGAAACAUUGUUAUUUAUUAAGAAGAACUUUGACAUAUGUAAAAAAUGAACAUCACUCUUUAUCUAGUAUCUACAAAAUAGUAUAAAUUUAUCAGAUAUCGGUAUCGGCUAUCGGUAUCGGUUCAUUGUGUGCUUGCAUAUCGGUUAUCGGUAUAUCGGCGAAAUUCU